AUGCAGAAAAAGUUUUGUGCGGUAGUUUUGAUUACUAUAGUUUCAGUUCUUUCUCCAACUUAACAAGCUGAAGCAUUAGAUAUAUUCGGAAUGGUAGUGGAUAAAGCAGGUGAUGUUUCUUCUGUAUUCCAAGAUUCCUCAUUAACAGCAUUAAAAGGAAUCAGUAAAGCAGUUGGGUUUUUGGGGCCAGUUGCUGGAAUUUUUUUUGACCUCUUUUUCCCUUAACCUUCAAACUAAGAUGUGAUUGAUCAACUUUCUUCAAAGAUUGAUGCUGCUACAAAGUAAACAAUAACAUAAAUGGCUAACGGUUUUAUGGCAACACAAGCCUAGAUUGAUUAAAUUGCUUCGUCAAUUAUUGCCAGCAUUUACACAAUUAAUCUUGCUGCUUCAUAGAGAUAAAUAAACAGCGAAAUAUCUAUGCUGACUAAUCUUAAUUACAAAGUCUAAUAUAUGCAAUCUUACCCUAGUUGGUCUUAUGAAUAAGCUCCCUGUGGUACUGGGAUGAGCUUGUGCAACAAUGCCUUUGCUACCAUAGCUUUUGCAAUGAAGGAUCUUUUGAGUUCUGUAGAAAAUUAUGCCCUAACUAAUAAUCUUGAUUUCGGUGAUGAAAUCAGCUCUAAAGGCGGUUUUAUUAUCAAUUUACUCCAAUUAUCUAUUCCAUCUCUUGCUAAGGUAAACAGUUUAUUUUCUGCUAGAUAAAACCUCACUUUGUUCGAUAAAAAUAUGGUCUCAACCCACUAACUAGUUACUAAUACUAAGUUUUUGUAAUAAAACUUUGAAUUGGCAGUGAAUACCUACAGUUAAUUUAUGGUUAGAGCCGAAGGACCUUUAUAAUAUUCUCCUUAUGCAAUUUUAAUGGUGUCGAGGUUUGGAGAUUCAAUUCCUGCUAUUGUCCCAGAAAAUACACUUAUCAAAGGAUUGUCAUUAGAUCCUACUAAAUCAACUCUCUCUAGUACUUUUUUAAUUGGAACUUAGGGAUAUUGGACUAAUACUUAAAACUGUUAGUCAGUCUCUGGCUUUACCUGCCCAAUUGGGAAAUUCAUGAAUUCAUUAACAGAUUAUUCAUCACCUCAAAUUCAAUGUUGCUAUAUUUAAGGAGCAAAUAGAGCUGCAUAUAAAGAUAAAUAUUAGGUAACUCAAAUAAUGACUACUUAAAAAAAUAUUUCUUGCUCAAAAAGUGGUUACUAUGUAAUUGCUGCUUCCAUUAAAUAUUAAACUUAAAAUUCAACAUCAUCAUUCGACUACUUUUAUAGCAUAACAUGUGCUCUCCCUGAUUAUCAAAUCUAUCAUGAGCAAUGUACUCUAAUUCAAAAUACCAACAAUCAAGUUUAUAUUGCACUAUUAGGCCAACUUCGCCCUGUUUCAUCUACUUAAUUAUCAUCACUCUUUGCCCCUAAUCCAAUUAUUGUUUAAACUGAUACUUUAAGACUCCCAGUUGGAGAGCCUUUAUAAAACCCUCGUGUAGUUAUGGACACAUCACGUAGUCUGUACUUUGUAUCAAAUGGUUUUAAACAAUUUAUUGUUGAUUAUAAAUUUGUAAAGUAAUGCUAAUUCAAUGUUGUUACCAUGUCAUAUUACGAUUCCUCAGCAAAUUAAAUUCCUUAUGGAGUAGAUUUGGAACCUACAUAUGAUAUCUCUCAAUCAGUUAAGAGAACUACUUCACCUCCUACUACAAUUGGAAUGUUCGCUGUGACUAAAUCAGAUUUCUAUCCAAACUUAUAAGGACAACCUGGACUAACUAAAUUUGAAAGUGGAAACUUUUUCUAAUAAUAUGGAGCUAUUUCAACCAUAACAAUAGCUGAUUCACCAUAAGAUAUAUAUUUUAUGAGAAUAAAAUAUGGGAAAUAGCAAUUUGAAUAUGGUGUUUUUGCAUCUCCUUGGACCUGGUAAUCAUCUAGUUAUAAUAGUAAGGAUUGUAUCAACAGGGUAGAUUUAAUUACUAGCAAUACAAACAUAAAAGGAAUCGACAUAUAUUCUUCCAAAAAUAUAGAUUUUAAACAAGCUGGCUCCUAAGUUGGUACUCUCAAUACAUUGCUUCCACCUAAACAAGGAGGCUGUGUCUGUGGCUUUGAUGGUUAUACCAAUAGUUAGAGCAGAUUGGUUUCAUUAAGUGUUCAAUGGUGCACUUAUGUUGGGUUAUGA